GCGGCGGCCGCGGCGAGCGGAGCUCCGGGGCCGCCAUGGCCGCGGGGGCGGCGGGGGCUGUCCCGGCUGAGCCGCCGCCGCCGCUGGGCCGCCUGCCCGGAGGAGCCGGCACCGAGCGCGCCCUGGAAGAAGCAGAAGCCUCCGGCACGCUCAGUCUGGCCGGCCGGCGGCUCCGCGCCUUCCCGGCGGCGGCGGCGCGGCGCUGGGACCUCAGCGACACCACACAGGCCGACCUGUCCCGGAACCGCUUCGCUGAGGUGCCGGAGGCCGCCUGCCGCCUGGUCUCGCUGGAGGCGCUGAGCCUGCACCACAACUGCCUGCGCAGCGUCCCCCCGGCCAUCGCCAACCUGCACUCCCUGGCUCACCUGGACCUCAGCCGCAACCAGCUGAGCUCGCUGCCCGCCUGCCUGUGCCUGCUGCCGCUGCGCGUCCUCAACGCCAGCAACAACCGCCUGGCGCGGCUGCCGCCCAACCUGGGCACCCUGCGGACCCUCCGCCAGCUGGACGUCGGCGGUAACCGGCUGCGGGCGCUGCCGCCGGGGCUGGGGCAGCUGCGGGCGCUGCGGGACCUGAGCGUGCGGCGGAACGAGCUGGCGGUGCUGCCCGACGAGCUCUCGGAACUGCCGCUGGUCCGGUUGGAUUUCUCCUGCAACCGGGUGGUCGCCAUCCCGCGCUGCUUCCGGAGGCUGCGGCACCUCCAAGUCCUGCUGGCGGACAACAACCCCCUCCAGUUCCCCCCCGCCCAGAUCUGCCUGAAGGGCAAAGUCCACAUCUUCAAGUACCUGGAAGCCGAGGCUGCCGCCCAUCAUCCGCCGGCGUGCCCCCCGGACGAGCUGUGUCCCCUCCGGCAGCGGGGGGGGCUGGACUCCGGCUUCCACAGCGUGGACAGCGGCAGCAAGCGCUGGUCAGGAAACGAGUCCACAGAUGAGUCCUCGGAGCCGUCCCGGCAGCACAGGGAGACACGCGGUGGGGCAGCUGCUGACAGCGACCCGGAGCAGCUGGAGGAGGAGCCCUCGCCCGAGGUGAUGCCCAAGUUUUGGGGAUCCCCCCCAAAUCCUGGGCCCCCCUCUGUCCCCCAGGAGCAGCAGCAGGGCCAGAGCCCGCGAGGUGACACCCCCGAGGGUACCAGGGUGGUCCCUGCGCCCCGGAGACGCCCCCAGAACCUGGAGGUGUGGAUGGAGAGGGAGAGGGAGAGGAGCCGGGACAGGACCCCUCCCCAGAGACGCCCCCAGACCUCGACGCCGCUGCUGCUGGACCCCGACGGAGCCCCCGGCCCCCCCUGCAGCCCCCCAGAACCCAGAGCCUGCCUCACCCCCUGCUCCUCUUCCUCCUCCAAGCCAGCCCCCCCGGACCCGGACCAGCUGAUCGCUGAGGUGCGCCAGGUAACGCCCGUCCUGUCCCCUCCCUGUGGAUUUUGGGGGGUUUUGGGGUCUGUUCCCCCCCUGACCCGUUCUGGGGGGUCCCCGCUGUGCCCCCCGACCCCGCAGAGCCUCGAGGCGCUGCUGCAGCUGCGGCUCCCGGAGGAUUUCGGGGACUCGGAGCUGCUGCGACGGGUGGCGGCGCGGCUGCGGCCCUGGGCGAGCCCCCCCAGCGCCCGCCGGACGCCGCCAUCGCCGCCCCGACACCGCUCGGGGGUCCCCGAGGUGAAGCCCCCCCACCCCCGGCGCCCCCCCCCCGGGCUGCUCUUCGCCCUUUUCUACGGGCUCCUCAUGGCGCUGCUCGUCGCCGCCCACCGCGCGCUCUUUGGCUGCUGAGGGACCCCCAAAACCCCGGGGAGACCCCCGGGGGACCCCCCAAACCCCGGUGAGGGGGGGUCCCGCCUUUGCACCUUUCCUUCCCCCCUCCCUUCUUUUCUUGUGCCUUAACGCUGGGGAAACUGAGGCAGGGAAUGGGGAGGGGCUGAACCCCCCCCGGGGGUGUGUGACCAUAAUUAUUCAUAUUAUUAUAAUUAAUUAUGAUGAGCUAUUAUUAUGAGAUUUAUUAUUAUUAUGAGUUCUCACUAUUAUUGAGUUGUUAUACAGGACUGUGAGCGCAUUAAGUUAAUUAUUGCAGUUAAUUGUAACUUAAUUAUGACAGCAGGAGCUAAAAAUGCAGAUGACCAAAAUUUAUUGUAAUUAAUUAUUAUUAAAAUUAUUAUAUUUAACUAUUA